UCAGCUUCUCUGGCAGUUCAGGUUGUGGCGGUUUUAAGGACAGUCUUCAUCGCAGGAUCAUAGGCUACAUUGUAGCCUAUUCCGUGAAAAGGGCUCAGAUAUUUUCUUUAUACUUAAAAAAGUCCUAUAGAAGCGAACUACUGUUUACCAUAGGCACGGAGCCGCAAUCUCAAUUUGUCUAAUUUUAAAGUAUCAGGACAGAUCAAUACAAUAGGCAACUGGAUUCCUGUUCUUUUAUCCUGCGGUUUAUGCGCCAUUUAGAAGAACGAACUGUUUCUGGAACUUGUCAUUGGAGCAUCUCCCGCCCCCUAGCCUGUACUCUAAAAUACCAGAAGGGGGUCCUCCACUUCCGAACUGCAGCACUGGAUGAAUACGGGAUUCAAGGUAGACUGAGGAAUAUGUAAUUUACAACCUGAACAGAACUUAUACGGCUUUUGAUCAUCUUCUGUUUGCCUUUAUUCAUCUGUUGUGCCCUUUGCAGAACUGAGCUCAUCUCGUUCGCUUGUGCUUAACGCGCUUUGGAUUCAUUUUGUAAGGGAGAUCUAAUCUUUCUUCGAUCUACUCGAUCACCGAUUUGAAUCACGAAGCACAAUUCAAAGCUACCAGAGCUGUUAUUGGAAUAGCCGUGGACUCUUAUUGAUGCUUUAAGUAGGCCUAUAUACUUUGAAAAGUACAGCAUCUUUUCAAGCUAACGGAGCAGUCCAGACGGACAGGAAUUUGCGCUGAAGUUUGCAUGCCUAGUCCAUAUCGUCUCGAGUGAACGUAGCCAUCCACUAAGGGUAUCAGAAAAGGUCCGUGUGGUUGAAGUGCCAUGGCGAUGUCUACAACUCUUUGGAUACUCCUACUGGCUUUUAACAUCCAAGAGGGCAAUGGGCAGAUGGUACAGAUGGACUCCAUUAAGUCAGGCUUCGUCGGCUCUCAGGUGGAGCUGCGCUGCAUCUUCGUCAACAGUAACCCGCCGGUGAAGAUCUCCCAGGUCACCUGGCAGAAAUUCCUCAACGGCACCAAGCAGAACGUGGCCAUUGCCAACCCUGCCCUGGGAGUGUCUGUCCUGCCGCCUUUCAAGGAGCGGGUCAGCUUUAAACAGGCCGCCGUGCGACACCGCACACCCUCUCUGGAGGACACCACCAUCGUGUUCAGCAGCCUGCGGCUGUCUGACGAGGCUGCAUACAUCUGCGAGUAUACUACCUUCCCUGCUGGCAACCGCGAGAACAUGGUCAACCUCACUGUGUUCGCUCGACCUGUGACACGUAUGACACUGACCACGCCUACCAUCGUGGCCCGAGCCCAGAAGCGAAAGAUGACAGUGGCCACCUGUCUGUCAGCCAAUGGCAAACCUCCGAGUGUGAUCAAGUGGGAGACGAGGUUGAAGGGAGAAGCCACCUUCCAGGAGACCCGGAACCCUAACGGCACCGUGACGGUGCGAAGCAACUAUGUGGUGGUGCCCAGCCGUGAGACCCACAAGCAGAAACUCACCUGCAUCGUCACUUACCGCAGCGAGAGGAUCACAGACAGCGUGGUGCUGAACGUGCAGUAUGAACCAGAGGUGAAGAUUGAGGGCUUUGACGGGAACUGGUACCUGAACCGCCAGGAUGUCCAGCUGACCUGCAACGCUGAUGCCAACCCACCCGUUACCGUGUACCAGUGGAAACUUUUGAAUGGCUCCUUGCCCAACACUGUUGAGAUCAAGAACAACUCCCUAUUUUUCAAAGGGCCUGUGACCUAUGACCUGGCUGGCACGUAUGUCUGUGACGCCACCAAUGGCAUUGGGACCCGUACUGGCAGCGUGGAAGUCAACAUCACAGAGAAGCCUAUGGCACGGGGUCCCCCAGGCGGCGUCAUUGGAAUCCUGGGAGGUGUAGUUGCCGCAGGACUCAUCAUUGGAGUGGCUGUUACAGUUUUCUUGGUCUACCGACGACAGCAGAAGACCAGGACCGAGACAGAUAAUGACCUGACCGACCUCCCGCCAGCCCACAAGCCGGCCCCUCCCCCACCCAAAAAGAAGAACAGUGACAUGAAGGGCCAUUUAACAUCUGAUGACAUCCAGGUGGUUCAUCUGGACAAGGAUGAGGAAAUGCAGAAGCUUCCUCUUCAGCCUCCUUAUUACGACAUGGCGCCCUCUGAGUCCACCCCCUUCACUGAUAAGCCGAACUGUGGGGGGCGCCACGAAGAACUAUCAAACCCGGCUGAAUAUGUGAGCUGUCAUCGCGUCUUCAACGAGGGACAUUGUCCAGAGUCGCAGGCCGCUCAGGCCUACCCUCCUGUUACUUUCUUACCCCAAAACCCUUACAAGCAGCAUCCAUCCAAUGACCCAAUGUACACCAACGUCCCACCUCACUCUCCUCGCCCCACCUUUACAUUCCCCAAGGAGCAGUCUGUGUGACGUCCUGAAAGAUCUCAGGCCUCAUGAUAGUGCCACAAUGCUUUCAAAAAUCUAAGCUAUGCUGAAAGGGUGCACACCAUCCCACCUUGCUUCCCUUUGUCCUGUUAGAUUCAUUACAGAGUGAGAAUCCCCUGCCACAAUGAAAGUAUCAGUAGUGUGUGGAUCUGAAACCAUGUGUAUAGUGCACUGCAUGCUCCACAGAGGCUGUCUGUAGGACCCCUCGUCUUGUGUUGUUAGAGUUCAAACCACCGCCAUCUCACUCCACUACCCCACGUGUAGCUCUGCCCUUCCUCCCUAAAAUGUGCCCUGUGAUCCGCCCUGUCUUGAUUGAUUCCUCUUCCUUUAGUAUGUUUUUUUUGCCGAGUGUCCGACCGUGGGCAGUAUGCACCAUUGUGUCUCUCAAGAUUUCUCCAUUCCAUUUUAUUUAUGUUUUCCUCAGUGGUCGUGACCUUUCAUUGAUUGUUGCACUUUUAUAUGUAAUGAUUUAUUUUGU